AUGUCUCAAAGCGAUUGUAUCUCGCCUCGGGGCGUCGGGUUCUUGCCCGACGCUCCCAAAUUCUUCGACGUGCUCAACGAUUUGUGGGAUUCAGAGACAAACCCGGAGGGCAUCGUCAAUCUUGGCCUCGCUGAGAAUGCGCUGAUGCAAACGGAAAUGACCUCUUUCAUUAACUCCCGUCUUCGCGCUGAACCUCAUGCAUUGACUUAUGGGGAUGGAUUUACUGGUUCGAAGCUACUUAAAGAGGCCUUUUGCCAGUUGUUAAACGAUUACUUCAACCCUCGCAUCCCCGUCCUGCCGUCGCACUUGACUAUCACGCCUGGAGUGGGUAAUGCAAUUGAAUGCUGUGCGUGGUCGCUCUUCAACUCGCAGGACCAAGUACUCAUCGGACGACCUUAUUGGACUGCAUUCAAUUACAUCUUUGGCAUCAGAGCUGGGGUCCAGGUCCGUGAGGUUUCAUUCAGCGGCACUGACCCUUUCUGUCUGGAAGCUAUUGAUGAAUAUGAGAAGGAAUACAUACAGGCACAGAAAGAGGGAAAAUGUGUUCAAGCUAUACUUUUAUGCUCCCCGCACAACCCACUAGGUCGCUGUUACAGCAAACGAGUCUUGAUAGCCUAUAUGCGGCUAUGUGGUAAAUUGGGACUUCAUCUUAUUGUCGACGAGAUCUAUGCACUAUCGGUUUUUGAGAACCCCGAAAUGGAUGAUCCUGUUCCAUUUACUUCCAUAUUGUCUUUGAGUGCUGAAGGACUUAUGGAUCCUCGAAAAGUCCACGUCCAAUGGGGAUUCAGCAAAGAUUUCGGUGCCACUGGUAUACGCAUCGGUUGCCUCAUAAGUCAAUCUAAUCCAUUAUUUCUAAAGUCUCUCGAGAGCUUCUCACUCUUCAACUUUCCAUCGAGCCUUGCUGAUAAUGUAGCGGCGUCCCUCCUGUUAGACAAGGAAUUCACUAAAAGCUAUAUCCUUUUGUAUCGAUCGCGGCUUUUGCAGAGUUACAAGCAUGUCACUCAGUUCCUGCAAGAGCAUGGGAUACCAUAUCGCAAGUCAAACGCCUCUUUGUUUUUGAUGGUGAGCUUGACAGCGGCAAACCAUCAUUACGCCACGAGUGAUGAUGAUAUUCUAGCUCUUUUGAGAAAAGAAAAGCUAUAUAUCACAUCGGCAAGUGGCUACAGGAAUGAAGAGCCCGGGUGGUUUCGUCUAGUGAUUGCGCACCCACAAUAUGUGUUGGAUGAAGGGUUGAAAAGGAUGCUCAGAGCUUUGUCUUAAGC